AUGGCGCCAGGAACAAGACGCGCUGGCCGCAGCGGCUACGCCGAGCACGACGAUUUUGAAGGUCUUCCCGUCCGUCAAUGGCGACCGGAAUGGGUCAACGUCGCGCCUCCGGUGCAGCAGGAGCAGCAGCAGCAAAACGACAUCUGGGCCAUCGAGCUCAUCCACGGCAUGCCCAAAGAUGCGACACUGCUGCCGCCGCACACGCAAGAGCUUCUGCGCGCUGCGCGUUCCGGCCGGCUAUACAAGCGCCCGCACCCAAACGAGGAUGAGGAGGCGGAUAACGAGACCAGUAUGCAGGACAAACUCGAGAAGAAAGAGGAGGAUACAAGCGCGCAGGGUUACCAGAUCAGGGUUUGGAAGCAGCUGCCGAAGAACGUCGAGGCACCGGAGAUUUCGCAUCUCGCUAAGCGUAGAAAGAACACCGUCACCACAGCUAGCCGAACGAUAGAGGAGAAAGUCCAAGGACCGACGGUGACCAGGGCUACAGUCCGGCGGAUGGAUGCAGCCGGAAACCCAUACACGGAGGAAGUUACUCUGUCUGACGGCCAACGGGUAGAUGGUGAAGUCAUAUCAACCAGGGUCGAGGCCAUUCCCGCGGCGCAGCCAGAUACCUAUGCGGCCAUGUCACAGGCAGCAGCCAGAAGGAGGCCGCCGCCACCCAAGAGAAAAGCAAAGGCUGGGCCUGGGCGAGGCAAGAAGAAGUCAAAACAGCAGCCCUCUGCAGAUCAGCAGGCGGCCAGAAGUGUGCCUGCAGCGGCUGGAGUCGCAGCAGCAGUCAAGACUGAAGGCAAUGGAGGAGUCACACUUGUGCAAAACGAAAACGCGCCUCCGAAUGUGGACAGUGAAAUUGGCGAUGGAGAAGGCGACGGUGAUGAAGAGGAGGAUGAUGAUGAAGAGGGCGACGACGGUGACGAAGGCGAAGAUGGAGAAGAAGGCGAAGGCGAUGAAACUGGUUUUGUCGAUGAAUCCAUCCUAGAAGCUCCCAGGGAUCACGAUGAAGAGAUGAUCGAUGCGUCUCACAUACUUGAGAACCCUGAUACUGAGAUGAAGGAUGAACAGCCAGCGCCAGAAGAGCCAGCACCAAGAGAGCCCUCGCCUCCCAAGCCAGCAAAUCCUACGCUCGAACUACCCCCGGAAAACCCUCUUUCUCUGCCAAUCAAGCACGAAGACACACCUCCUAGGAAUGCCGUCAUUGUGCCCUCUCCAUCUGCGCCAUCGGUGAGCACCGAGCCCGAGGCCGCAAUUGCUCAGCCCUUCCUGGAUUUGCCUGGUGUUGACAACACGGCCGACUCUCUCAUCGCUGAGCCACCUUCAACAAUCGUUGGAGAAGCCCCUCUGGAGGCUAUUGAGCGAGAUAUUCCGCAUGAUGAAGCUACCCUUGAAAGAGCCCUUGAAAGACCCGUCGAAAAAGAAGCCUUGCCUCCUCCCGAUCAAGUAGGCAAUAUCUCAAGCCCGAGGGCUGAGGAUGAAAGCUUCCGAGUCUCUGAUGAAGCCUCCAAGGGCCAAACCAGCGUCCAACCCGAUGUCAGCGUUCAAAGACCGAUGAUAAUGCAUCAGCUGUCUACAAUGACCGAGGAUACCAUCAAGCCGGAGGACUCAGUCUCAGUAACAGCUCCUUUGCCUGGAUCCGAGGCACCUUCGGAAAUUGGAAACGCAUCGGUAGAGGAUGGAAAGGAAGAAGCUGCUCCUGCAAGCACAAGGGCUGAUUCAACUGAGCCGCAGGUGGCUGCUCCUGAAGCAGGGGACAAUGCUCCUAUGGUCCAAGAGGACGAGCCGGAUCUGCUUGGAGGUCUGAUGGGAGAACUUGAUCGCCAGGCAGCUGCGUCACAGCUGUUGGAAGAAUACGAGCGUUUAUAA